AAACACUACCAUUUUCGCUAAAGAAGAGGGCAAACGAAUGAAUAAUUGAAUCCAUAAAAAUUUAGAAACAAAAAGGUCAAAGAUCGCAUUAACGAAAACAGCGUAUUUGGGUGAAUUCUAUUCUCUCCGGCGAAGUUCGAUCUUUCGCGACCCGAUCCGAACAGAAGGGGGAAACACUGAUUGAAAAAAAUGGUGAGAGGAUUGCUCGGGAAACUAGCUGGCCGCUCUCUAUCCGUCGCCGGAAAAUGGCAGCAGCAACAGCUGCGCCGCCUCAACAUACACGAAUACCAGGGAGCUGAGCUGAUGGGAAAGCAUGGUAUCAAUGUCCCAAAAGGUGUGGCUGUUGGAUCAGUUGAUGAACUCAGGAAGGCACUGCGGGAAGUAUUUCCUAAUGAAAGCGAGGUGGUCGUGAAGGCUCAAAUCCUUGCUGGUGGCCGAGGACUUGGAACCUUUAAAAAUGGUUUUCAAGGGGGAGUGCAUAUAGUAAAGGCUGACAAGGCUGAGGAUGUAGCUGGUAAAAUGCUUGGACAGAUGCUUGUCACUAAGCAAUCCGGACCUGAAGGAAAAAUUGUCAGCAAGGUGUAUUUGGCUCAGAAGUUAUCCCUCAUCAACGAGAUGUACUUUGCCAUAACUCUUGAUCGUAUAACUGCUGGUCCAAUUAUUAUUUCCUGUAAAAAGGGAGGAACCAGUAUCGAAGAUCUUGCAGAAAAACAUCCGGAACUGAUUGUAAAGGUACCUAUUAAUGUUUUCACAGGAAUCACUGAUGAGGAUGCUGCAAAGGUAGUGGAUGGUUUAUCCCCGACGGUAGCUGAUCGAAAUGCUUCAAUUGAACAAGUGAAAAAGCUCUAUGAACUUUUUUGCAAGUGUGAUUGCACCUUAUUAGAGGUCAACCCAAUUGCUGAGACUUCCGAUAACCAGUUAGUAGCUGCUGAUGCAAAAUUAAAUUUUGAUGAUAAUGCUGCUUAUCGCCAGAAAGAGAUAUUUGCUCUUCGAGAUCCAACUCAAGAAGAUCCUCGUGAGGUUGCUGCAGCUAAAGCUGAUUUGAAUUACAUUGGUUUAGAUGGAGAAAUUGGUUGCAUGGUGAAUGGUGCUGGUUUGGCCAUGGCCACAAUGGAUAUUAUUAAGCUGCAUGGAGGAACACCUGCUAAUUUUCUUGAUGUUGGAGGAAAUGCUUCAGAAAACCAGGUUGUGGAAGCUUUUAAAAUUUUGACCUCAGAUGACAAAGUGAAGGCAAUUCUUGUGAAUAUUUUUGGAGGAAUUAUGAAGUGUGACGUAAUAGCCAGUGGAAUUGUGAAUGCUGCCAAACAGGUUCAACUGAAGGUACCUGUUGUUGUUCGUCUUGAAGGCACAAAUGUGGACCAAGGAAAGAGAAUUUUGAAGGAAAGUGGAAUGACUUUGAUUACUGCUGAAGAUUUAGAUGAUGCAGCUGAGAAAGCAGUGAAAGCUUCAGCAAAGUGAGAACAUGUUGUCUAGUUUGAGUAUAAUCUGUUCUUUACCAAUUCAUUGUCUCCAUAUAAGCAGUGACUAUCUGUGAAAUCCUAGCUUCUCCAUCGGUCUGUGGAGAACUUUCAUAAUCUGUUUUAUUUAACGGAUUUUCUAGCCUCGUAAGAGUUUUUGUACUACCAAGAGCUUACGGUGAUUUUGUCUGGUUUUAUUCAUCUUCAAUAAUAGAACAAUGAUUUGGAUAUCA